AUGGAUUUUGUACGCAAGGCCGAAGAGGCUAUUACUGGCAAGAAGGGCGAGUCGCACGAGUCCACCAAGUCCUCCAACCAUGGACCUCACAAGUCCAACUUGGCCAACAAGCUUGACCCCCGCGUCGACAGUGACAAAGACAACCGCGCUGCUCACACCGAUGUGACUGCCGCUGGCCCUGGAACAACCCACGGCACAACCUCCGCUACAGGCACGGGCAGCUCUACUCUGGGCUAUGGCGCCACCCACGGUCCCUCAGGUGCUACAGGCACUGGCACCGGCACCGGUCUCGGGUCUACCCACGGCACCACUGCUGGCCCCCACAGCUCCAACAUUGCCAACAAGGCUGAUCCCCGUGUCGACUCUGACCGAGACAACCGUGCUCGCCAUGAAGCAGGUAUCGCUGGUGCUGGAACUGGUACCGGUCUUGGAUCUACCCCACCUACCACCGCUACAGGUCCGAGCUAUGGCACUGCCCAGGGCACCACUGGCAGCACCACUGCUGGCCCCCACAGCUCCAACGUCGCCAACAAGCUCGACCCCCGUGUCGACUCUGACCGUGACAACCGCGCUCGCCAUGAAGCAGGUAUCGCUGGCGCUGGAACUAGUACCGGUGUCGGAUCUACUCACCCCACCACCGCUACAGGCACUCAUGGCUCGGCCCUGAGCUCUGGAACUACCCACGGCACCAGCAGCACUGCCGGUCCCCACGGCUCCAACAUCGCGAACAAGGCCGAUCCCCGCGUUGACUCUGACCGCGACAACCGCGCUCGCCACGGAGGUCUCACUGGUUCUGGCACUGCUGCCGGCACCGCUGCCGGUGUUGGAUCUACUCUCCCCACCACCGCUCCAGGAACUCACGGCUCGACUCUGAGCUCUGGAACUGGCGCUACCCAUGGCACUACCCACGGCGCUCCUAUUGCUACCCCUGGUAGCAGCAGCACAAGUGCUGGACCUCACAGCUCUAACAUCGCGAACAAGCUCGACCCCCGCGUUGACUCGGACCGCGAUAACCGUGCUCGCCACGAGGCUCUCGCUGGUACUGGCACUGCUGCCGGUGCUGGAUCUACCCACGGCACUACCCAUGGUACCUCACGUGUGACUGACAGUGCUGGCAUUGGAUCUACCCAUGGCACCACUGCUACAGGCACUCGCGGCUCAACCCUGGGCUCUGGCACUACCCACGACACCAGCAGCACUGCCGGUCCCCACGGCUCCAACAUCGCCAACAAGCUCGACCCCCGCGUUGACUCGGACCGUGACAACCGUGCUCAGCACCAGUCCACUGUCGCUGGUACGGCCCCUGGUACUGCUACCCACGGUACACACACUCGUGGUGCUACUGCUCCCACUGGCUUGGCGAUUGGUGACCCCAGUCUUGAUACUGGUGCUCUGGCUGGUAGUAGCUACAAUACUCCUGCCAAUACUCCCGCCGCUGGAACUACUACUGGUGCUACUGGUACUGCCGGUCCUCAUGGUUCGAGCAUCGCCAAUAAGCUUGAUCCCCGUGUCGACUCGGAUGCUACCCGUGCUCAGAAUGAGGGUCUGCAGCGUAAGAUCUAG